ACAAGGAGGGAGUGCAGGGCUUGGAGCUGGGUACCGCCGCGAACACCCUGUCCCAAUCCUCCUUCAUCCUUCCCAUCCCAGCCACCUUCCUUCCUGACAGCCACUGGAGCAGCAGCCGGACACAGACCCCUUCCAGACAGGUGCGACUGAACCAUGGAGCUCCGAGUGGGGAACAAGUAUCGGCUGGGCCGAAAGAUUGGCAGUGGUUCCUUUGGAGAUAUUUACCUAGGUGCCAAUAUUGCCACUGGGGAAGAAGUUGCCAUCAAAUUGGAAUGUGUCAAAACCAAGCACCCCCAGCUCCACAUCGAGAGCAAGUUCUACAAGAUGAUGCAGGGAGGAGUGGGUAUUCCCUCCAUUAAGUGGUGUGGGGCAGAGGGUGACUAUAAUGUGAUGGUGAUGGAGCUCCUGGGACCCAGCCUGGAGGAUCUCUUCAAUUUCUGCUCCCGCAAGUUCAGUCUCAAGACCGUUCUGCUCCUGGCAGACCAGAUGAUCAGCCGUAUAGAGUACAUUCAUUCCAAGAACUUCAUCCACCGGGAUGUGAAGCCAGACAAUUUCCUCAUGGGGCUUGGCAAGAAGGGCAACCUGGUGUACAUCAUCGACUUUGGCCUGGCCAAGAAAUACCGAGACGCCCGGACCCACCAGCACAUCCCCUACCGGGAAAACAAGAACCUGACUGGCACGGCCCGCUACGCCUCCAUCAACACCCACUUGGGAAUUGAACAAAGUCGCCGUGAUGACCUGGAGAGCUUGGGCUACGUGCUCAUGUACUUCAACCUGGGUUCGCUGCCCUGGCAGGGCCUCAAGGCUGCCACCAAGCGCCAAAAAUAUGAGCGUAUCAGUGAGAAGAAGAUGUCAACACCCAUUGAGGUGCUCUGCAAAGGGUACCCUUCUGAGUUUUCCACGUACCUCAAUUUCUGCCGCUCACUGCGGUUUGAUGACAAACCCGACUACUCGUACCUGCGGCAGCUCUUCCGUAACCUCUUCCACCGCCAGGGCUUCUCCUACGACUAUGUCUUCGACUGGAACAUGCUCAAAUUCGGAGCAGCCCGAAACCCUGAGGACAUGGAUCGGGAGCGGCGAGAGCACGAGCGAGAAGAGAGGAUGGGGCAACUCCGGGGUUCCGCCACACGGGCGCUGCCACCUGGCCCCUCUGCUGGAGCCACAGCCAACCGCCUUCGCAACGUCGCCGAGCCCAUGGCCUCCACGCCCGCCUCCCGAAUCCAGCAGUCCGGAAACACGUCCCCCAGGGCGAUCUCACGGGUGGACAGGGAGCGGAAGGUCAGCAUGAGGUUACACAGGGGAGCUCCUGCCAACGUCUCUUCCUCCGACCUCACAGGGCGGCAAGAGGUGUCACGGAUUUCAGCGUCACAGACGAGCGUGCCAUUUGAUCACCUUGGGAAGUGAGGAGAAGAUGCCCCCGGACCAGUGUUUGCUUAGUGUCUUCACUGUAUUUUUCUUUUAAAAAACAAAAACAAAAAAACCCCAAAAACAACAACAACAAAAACUUAAAAAA